AUGCAUGCAUGCCACGCGACUAUGCAAACUUCGGACGCGGUUGUGGUGAUGCCGUUAAUGGCUCGGAGCCAAAGUCGAACAUGGUGUCUGCCACGAAUCCGUAUUGGUCAACGGCGAGGCCGAUGUGAGUUGCAUGACUUCGUGACGUGGGCUUGGUGUGAAAGUGUGGAUCUUUGGUUCAGCCUUGUUCCUCUGAAAGAGGACAGUUAG